AUGUCCUCACAGCCGCCACGUGACAACUACCAGUACUUGCUGUCGGACUCGCUGCAUUCGCUCAGCAUGCCUUACUCCUUCCACCACCGGCUUCCAUGCAGCUCACCUUCCGCCGUUCAGCCGAUGGACCUCAACACACACUCAGCUGCUUCAGCAGCGGCAGCGGCUGCUGCAGCCGCCUCAGCAGCCGCCUACAGCCAAUCCAUCAGCAUGACGGAUCUGUCACAGAUGACACCGCCUAGUGCGGCGGCUGCGGCGGCUGCUGCUGCCGCUGGGUUACCCCCCGUACCCCCGCGCCACCUGCCCAUCAUCACCAGCGCCAUCUCGUCCAAUCUGGCGGGUGGUGGCGGAGGUCCAGCGGGUAGCUCCGGGGCGGCUGGCAACAACACGUCAGCGAACGAGCUGGAGACGGGCGGUGGCGUGGUAUCGGGGGCUGGAAGUGGUGGAGCAGGCGGUGGAAGUGGUGGCGAUGGAAGUGGCAGUGGAGCUGGCAACAACACCAGCCAGCAGCAGCAACAACAGCAGCAGCAACAGCAGCCGCCUCAGCAGACCAGCGGCCAUUACAUUACGAGGCUGGAAUAA